AGCUCACGAUGGUAGUGGUUGUUGACUUAGAAUAAAGUUUUUCCAACAUCAUCAUAAAACUUAACCCAAAUUUCCAUAAUCAUCAAAAACAUGGCUUCUUCAUUUCACGAUCUCAAAAGGCAAGCUUCUCUCAUGUUUCGAGACAAGAUCAACAAGGCAAGAUGGGCUAUCACCAGUGCUACUCCAGCUCAAAUUUUGAUAGAAGAAGCCAUUAAUAAUGGAGAUACAACAGCUCUAGAAGGUCCCUCUAUGAAAGUAAUUUCGCAGGCAGCUUUUGAUGUUGAUGAUUACUAUAGGAUUGUCGAUGUCCUGCAUACGAGGUUAAAUGAAUUUGAUAAAAGUAAAUGGAGAUGUUCGUACAAGGCUUUGGUAAUGUUAGAACACCUUCUCACUCACGGCCCAGAGAGAAUUGCAGAAGAGUUCAUUUCUGAUGCAGAUUCCAUAAUGAAAAUGGAACAAGGCUUUCAAUUCGUUGAUGAAAAAGGAAUCAAUUGGGGUUCAAACAUGAAAAAUAAAUGUCUGAGAAUACAGAAGCUGUUGAAAGACAAGCCAUUUCUUAAAGAUGAGAGAGCAAGAACCCGACAAGUGACCAGAUCCAUCACUGGCAUUGAAAGCUCCCACAAGAACACAUCUUCUCCUCCUCGAGAGGAAUUCAGACGAUUCAAUUCUCACUACACAGGCGACAACAACAAUCAAUAUAAUAAAGUUGUAGAAGAUGAAACAGAGGAGGAGCUGCACCCUUUUUCAUUAAAGGAGAAUCAAACCGGUGUUGAUUCUCUACUUUCUUCUGUUUAGAAUCUAUAGGUGUGUGUUUGUUUGUAUGCAACCAUUAAAGGUGAAACCAAAAUGACACAGCUAUGAAGAAUAAUAGAGAAGCAAUUAAUAUCGAA